AUGAGUGUUGUUGAUAUUGAAAGGCACCAUUCAACUGUUGCUGAGAGAGAUGCCGACGAGUUAGCCGAGUUUGGGUAUAAGCAGGAGCUGAAGCGCGACUGGGGGUUGACGCAUAAUUUUGGCAUUUCUUUCUCCAUUAUCUCGGUUAUUACUGGAAUUACAACUCUCUUCGAAUAUGGGUUGGUUACUGGUGGCCCUGGAGUCAUGUCCGUGGGAUGGAUUGUUGUCUCUGUCUUCACUUUGAUCGUUGCUCUAGGAAUGGCCGAAAUCGUCUCAGCAAUUCCUACCGCUGGCGGUCCAUAUUAUUGGGCAGCUUUACUUGCUCCUUCAAAGCACUCCGCCUAUGCGUCUUGGAUUACCGGCUGGUUCAACUUCCUAGGCCAAGUGGCAGUAACCACAGGAAUAUCCUUCGGUCUCGCAGGUCUCAUCUCAACAACCGCAACCGUGAAGUCAGACUACACUCCCACAGCCGGACGAACCAUCGGUAUCUACGCCGCAGUCCUCGUCUCCCACGCAACAGUAAACACAUUCGGUGUUCACGUCCUGCGCUACUUGAAUAAUACCUCCAUCGCCCUACACUCGCUGGGAGUAACAGCACUUGCCAUUGCCGUCCUAGCCAAAGCACCCACGCACCAAAGCGCCAAAUUCGUCUUUGCAACUUUCAAUGAUGGAACAGGUGAUCCAGGUUGGAGUGUGCGUGCUUCUCCUGCAUACGUAGCAGCAUGCGGUGCGCUCAUGUCCCAAUACACGCUUACUGGGUUCGACGCGUCGGCGCAUCUGUCUGAAGAAACGCGCAACGCAUCCUGGUCCGCCCCCAUUGGUGUCAUAUCCUCAGUCGGCUUCUCGGCCCUGUUCGGCUUCUUCGUCGUUCUCUCCUUCCUCUUCUCCAUCCAAGAUUUCGACAACACCGUCACAUCGGUCCGCUUCUCGCAGCCCGUGCUCCAGAUUCUCGUCGACGUAUUCGGCGACGACGGCGCCGUGGUCCUCAUGUGCCUCAUCAUGAUCUGCGUCUGGCACUGCGGCUUGUUCUCCAUGACAUCCAAUUCCCGCAUGAUGUUUGCCUUUGCCCGCGAUGGCGGUAUCCCCCGCUUCUUCCAUAAAGUCGAUGCGCGCUUCGCCAGUCCCGUCCGCACCGUCUGGCUCGCUGCGACGCUGAGUUUUUGUCUCGCGCUGCCGAGCUUGGGGAGUAGUGUUGCGUUUGCGGCAGCCACUUCGAUUGCGACGAUUGGGCUGUAUAUCAGUUACGGGAUUCCGAUCUUGAUCGGGUUGAUCUACGGCGCUGAGUUUAAUGCGCGCAAGGGUCCGUUUAAUCUGAGGGUUUUCUCGAAGCCCGUUGCGUUUGUGGCCGUGGCGUGGAUCUGCUUCAUCAGUAUUAUAUUCUGUCUUCCGACGGCGAAUCCGGUUACGAGUCAGACGCUGAAUUAUACCGUUGUCGCGGUGGGCAUUAUUGCAGUGGGUGCUAAUGGUGUUUGGUUGCUCUCGGCGCGGAAGUGGUUCGUUGGCCCGCAGAAGGAGAUUCAGGAGGCUCAGCGGCUGGGGGUUGAUUUGCUGGAGCCGGGAGCUCUAGAGCAGGCUGAGGCAGAGGCGAAAAAUGAGAAGGAUGUGAAAGCUUGA